AUGACGGACGAGACGACCGAUGUUUCUACGGUCAAAAUUGCUUGCGUUGUGGUACGCUAUUUUGAUCAAGAAGCUCAAAAGAUAUGUAGCGCAUUUUGGGAGCUGUACAAAGUUUUUAAGGAAACACCUGAUGCUGUUGAUAUUCCUACUGCCAAUGCCGAGAAUUUAUACAGAGCUCUUAUUGAUUCAUUUACUAACCGUAAUGUUCCAUUAACAAAUGUGAUCGGCUUUGGCUCAGAUGGGUGUAAUGUCAUGAUGGGUGAUAACGACUCAGUGAAAACAAGGUUAUUACGCGAUUUUCCAGGAAUCAUAAUCACGAAGUGCGUUUGUCAUUCGGCCCAUUUGUGUGCCAGUGAAGCCUGUAAACAGCUGCCUGAAGGUGUAGAACAACUGGCUAGAGAUAUCUACAACUUUUUUAAACAUAGUGAUAAACGGCUAUUUGAUUUUCGUAACUUCCAGUCGUUUGCUGCAGUGGAGCCUCACAAAAUACUGAAACCAUCACAGACAAGAUGGCUUUCCUUAUUAUCAGUGGUUGAAAGGAUAUUAGAGCAAUGGGAAGCCCUACGUCUUUUUUUUAUCGAUUUUACGACAAAUCGUGCACAUAGAGCAAGAGCCGAUGUAAGAAAUCGAGCAGUAUUUAUUCUCGAAAAACUCAGCAACCCAUUCUACAAACUUUAUUUCUGUUUCCUUGAAUGGUCGCUCCCUUUAUUCAAUAAGUUCAAUCUGGAAUUUCAAAGCGAGAAAGUAGUUGUUCACAAUCUACAUGAGAAAAUUCGUACACUCUAUCAGGAAAUCCUAUUGCGUUAUUUACAACGCGAAUAUGUCAUGAGGCCAAAUCUUGGUGAAAUAAACCCUGAAAGUCAGCGACAUCAGCUCCAUGACAAUGCACUGUAUCUUGGUGUCAAAGUGUAUGAGCUCUUGAAACAUCCAGAUGUGAUCAGACAGCCCACAGAUAUCGCUCAGUUCUUCUCAUGCUGCAAAAAUUUCUACAAAGUUGCAGCCAUCGAAAUUAAAAAACGAUAUAACAUGGAAGAUCCUGUCUUGUCAAAGCUACAAGUUUUUGAGCCUGCAUCUGCACUCUCCUACAAUUUUAGGAGCAAUUUCCCUACACUUAUGCCUCUUAUGGAAGUGGUCCCCCGAAUAAUCGCAACAGCUGAUCAUGCAAAGAAACAAAUAAUCGACAAUCAAUGGAGGAGUUUGCCAAAUGCACAAGCUCGUCAUCCUAAAGGGUUGAAUGAAAUUAGUGAGCCAGAUAAGUUUUGGGCUCAAUUACUGAAAACUGAAGACUUUUCCUAG